GUGUUGUCAGCUGACUGACAGCGUCUCAGGCAGCCGUCACAACACCGUGUGUGUGUGUGCAGCCUGCCUGACAGCUUAGCUUAGCAGCUCCUAGCCGAAGCUCCGCCGCUGGACCGGGCUGGGUUAUGUUUUCCGGAGCCAGAACCGUACACGGAGGUUUGUGCACCACCAACUCAUGGCGGCCGAAAUUCAGCCCCAACCGCAGGCUCGGAAGCCAUGUCUGCUGAGCAAAAUCGAGGGUUUCCAGGAGGUUGUGAGCACGGCGGUCAUCAUUCCCAAAGAAGACGGCGUUAUCAGCGUGUCUGAGGACAGGGCGAUUCGAGUAUGGCUGAAGAGAGACAGCGGUCAGUACUGGCCCAGUGUCCAUCACACAAUGUCAUCAUCGUGCUCCUGUAUGUCCUUUAACCCAGAAACCAGGAGGCUGUCGGUGGGCAUGGACACUGGAAGUAUCUGUGAGUUCGUCCUGUCAGAAGACUACAACAAGAUGACCCCAGCACGUACCUACCAGGCCCAUCAGGGCCGAGUCACAGUGGUGCUGUUUGUGUUGGAGAUGGAGUGGCUUCUGAGCACCGGCCAGGACAAAAACUUCACCUGGCACUGCUCGGAGAGCGGCCAGCAGCUGGGGACAUAUCGCACCGCCGCCUGGGUUUCUGGACUACAGUUCGAUGUGGAAACCAGACACGCGUUUGUAGGGGACCAGUCCGGUCAGGUGACCAUCCUGAAGCUGGAGCAGGACAGCUGCAGCCUGGUCACCACCUUCAAGGGACACACUGGUAAUGUGACGGCGUUGUGUUGGGACCCGGCCCAGAGGGUGCUGUUCUCCGGCAGCUCAGACCACUCCAUCAUCAUGUGGGACAUCGGAGGGCGCAAAGGCACCGCCAUCGAACUGCAAGGACACAAUGACAAGGUUCAGGGCUUGUGCUACGCCUCGCACACUCGUCAGCUGAUCUCCUGCAGCUCAGACGGAGGCAUCGUCAUCUGGAACAUGGACGUAACACGACAAGAGACCCCAGAGUGGCUGGACAGUGACUCCUGUCAGAAGUGUGAGCAGCCUUUCUUCUGGAACUUCAAACAGAUGUGGGACAGUAAGAAGAUCGGCCUGCGACAGCACCACUGUAGGAAGUGCGGCCAGGCGGUGUGUGGCAAAUGUUCGUCCAAACGCUCCACCAUCCCCCUCAUGGGCUUUGAGUUUGAGGUGCGUGUGUGUGACAGCUGCCACGAGUCCAUCACCGACGAGGAUCGAGCACCCACAGCCACCUUCCACGACAGCAAGCACAGCAUUGUUUACAUGCACUACGAGCCCACCACUGGAAACCUGCUCACCUCUGGCACCGACAAGGUUAUCAAGCUAUGGGACAUGACUCCUGUGGUGUCCUGAGGUCUGUGGACGACCCGCAGUCAGCAGGAACCUCUGUUCACCAAACUGUGAGGCUCUGACAGCGGCAGCCGCACUUGGAAAAGAAAGACAGAAGCUCAUCCAACAAUAUCGAUGUCAUCUGGAUAAUAUUUAACAGUUACUGAAUAACAAGCAGUAGCUGUUGCACGUUCACAGUGAGGACACUGCAGGCCAGUGAAGCCUGGGAACAGGACAGGCCUUGGUUGACACAAGGUUACAGAUGGUUGUGGGUGUUUGUCUGUGUGCAGGUUGCUGGUGGGUGGGGAUCUCUCUGUUUGUAUAUGUGUGUGUCUGUACUGUAUAAGAGUGUGUGGGAGGGGAUGAGGCAUUUGACUGUGUAAGCAAUUGACACACUUUAUUUACUUAAUUUCCAUGCAUUCCUGGCCACAUACUGGAGACUCACAAAACAAGAGUCUGCAGUGUGGUUUGCAACUAGCCUCAGAACAAACUUGACAUUUCUUUUUUUUUUUUAGAUGUGAAGCAUCUCAUGGAACAAGAUCACAACUCGCUCACAGAUUUAAACUCGUGUUUAGCAGGCUGCAGAUUCUCCACAAGAGGGGGCUGUUUAAUUAUUGUCAAACCAGAUUUACACCUGCAAAACCUGCACCACCUACAGGAAAGCAAAGUAACAGCAGCAGCCGCUGGACUCGUCCUCUACGGGCAAAGUAAUGGCUGCUAGAAGGUUUACCUUCACUUUUCUUUGUGUGUGUGUGUUUGCUUUCUUAGCUUUUACAUUUGACUUUUUCACCACCUGUUACAUUAGGUAACAGGCAAAAUUUAACAUCAAUAUGUCACACUGAUCUCCAGUGGAUAUUUAAUACUCAAAUUUAAAUACUAUUGAGGUUGUGGCUGUAAAGCACCAAAUGUUAAGAUAUGAAUUUGAGGAUUUAGUAAAUUAAUUCAGAAUUGUUUCCCUGGCUGGAAAUAUAUAAACCAGACAAGGGAGCUCAUGUGUUCAGCCGCGAUGCCAGUCACCAUGUUGAUGUUCUGACCCAUGAGUACUCAGUUCUUACUACUACAUUAUCACACAGGUACUCAGUACUCAUGGGUUGGACCACACCCAUCUUUGAACUCAGCCUUCAUUUUGAUCUCAGCUACACACCUGUAAAGUUUCGGGACUGUAUCUUGCACUGUUGUGACAAAAUCUCUCCAUCUCCAGGACCGCAUAUAUCCAUGAUGACACAAACACACAGAAACGCACAACAACCUAUUGUUUGUUUGACCUAUUUUCUAUAUUUAUACAUUGUGGUGUAAAAGUCUUAAACCACUUUGCCAUCUGGUUAGGACCUCCUAUUUUCCAUCUGCAAUUUAACUAGGAGACCAGUCAUGCAGGACAGAGGACACAUAGUGACACUGCAGUUGUAAGUCAUUGCCUGUAGGUGGCACUAUUUGUCAGUACUGCAGGAGCUGUUGCAUUCCUUGCCUGUAGAUGGUGCUAAAGAGCAGCAUAUCUGCAGUUCUUACUUGCUGGUAGCUGGCACAGUUUGGACUGAAUCGGCAUGUCCGAAACUGCUGGAGCAGCAUGUCUGCAGGGUUAUACAAUAUCAGCUGAUCCUGCAUUCAGGUGCUUCACCAUCACUCACACUGUGUUUGAGUCAAAGAAAUCCUGAGCUUUCUAAAUAUAUCUAAUCCGAUAUCAGUCACAUCUUUGUGGGUGAAACAGUACUUUAAAUUUGACAAUGAGGAAAGUGUUCAUACAAGCCCCUGGAUGUUAACAAACAAGCCCUUUACUUGAGUCUGAACUGAGCUGCAUGGUAUCAGAAUAUCCAAGUUUUCUUUGAGUUUAAGUGUGUGAGUGGCUGCUGGACCAAAUGGCCUCUCCACUGAGCGUUACAGAUGGACUGGCUUUCAAGCAAACCUCUUUAACUCCUAAAAGUUGGUACAUGAUUACAAACCAAACAUUGAUCAGACACACAGAACUUCAUUUUUUUUAAUUCUAGCAGAGAUCUUAAAAGUUUUCAAAGACACAAAAUACAGCAUGUGAGACUUUUAAGGCAGUGAGAUUUGUUGCAGCUGUAAGAAUCGUGGCAUCUUUGGUUUGAAGUUUACACUCAGUGUCACAUCAUGAAGCUUCAGGCAGAUGUACAACAUAUCUGUAAUACUAUUGUACUUUACAGACAAUUGAAGCAGGGGAUCAGAGGUAAAGUGAUUGUAAUGGACACUGAUGGGAGUGCAGAUCCUUGUCAUGGUAGUGUAAGCACACACAGUGUAAACCGAAGAGUACACCUGUCACUCCCACUACUACACUACCGGGUUUUGUCAUCUGUAAAUUAACCAGACCGCUUGCUGAUCUUUGAAAACAGUACUUUUGUAUAUUCUGUCCUGUCAUCAGUGGAGCUGCUUUGACAUUAUUUAUUAUUCCAAGUGUGGUCUAAAUAUUUCUGACAUGGAAACGCACAUAUCAUCAAACUAAUCAGAGGCAGCACAUAAACACUGUACCUGUACCAGGACUGAGAGGAAACUCCUGAACAUGGUUUGCUUUGAUUUUGUUCUCAUCGUAGCUGUUUUUUUUUUUUGUUUUGUUUUAUUACUGACUUUUAUGUCAAUGCACUGGAAUCAAGAAACAAGAAUAUGUCGCAAAUCGCUGCUGUGAAGAGGAAACAUGACGUUUUUUGUUCUUUUUUCUUUUUUAUGAUUAUCAUGUCUGCUUUAAUGAUCAGAUAGUAACUGAGGUGAUUUCUUCUGAUGUUAAAACCCCACUAAAUAUUUUCCAAAGAUGUUUGAUGUUUAGAUUGAAAAUGAGGUGAACUUGAAGAUUUAUCUCCAACAAUAAGAGAAAUGAAAAUGUGUGAUCUUGAUUGGUAAGCUUGGUUUUUGGAAAGAGUGAGGAAGUUCACAGCUACUCAUAAAGGUACAUUUACAGCAGCUGUCAACAGAGUGUGAGCCUGAGGGUACUGAUAUUUCAAAGGACCAUACCAGUGUUUUACUAAGGUUUCAGCUCCUUAACUACAAAUCAUGUAUAUUUAACUUUUUCGCUGAUCAGUUCUUAAUGCAUGAUGUACCGAUUCCAGUUUUUAGGAUGUAUUUUUUCCAAUGAUUCCAAGAAGCUGUUGGCUUCCAGCUAAUUGGCAAAUCACUCUGUACUGGAAUUCAUGUAAAACUUUGACUGCCUGGAGUGGUAAAAAAAAAAAAACACACCAAAACUAAAUCACAAUAGCUUGUUUUGCAAAAGAAAUAUCUGUAAUCAUAUUAAGUCUGUGUGAUUUUAAAUGGGCAACACAGGAUCCAAAAUUAUUACAUAAACAAUACCUACACUUUUGUUGCAGUGAAAAUACAUUCAUCUGAGGCCAGUUGUGACCGUUAAUGUAACUUUGUGUGUAUAAAUAAUAUAUUAAAAGAGCAGGUAUUCACCUAAACCAGA